AUGGUUGUAAAGAGAAGCUCAGCCUCUCAUCCUCGCACCUUUGUGCGGAGAUGGCGCCUGUCCUCCUGCCCGCGCCCACCCACGGUACCGACGGAGCACGAGCAGGGCCCGAGGGCCGCCGCCGCCUGCCCCGUCCCUCCUCUCCCCGCUGCUCCCCCGGCCCGUCUGUCGCUCUGUCGGUCGGUCACAGCCCCUCUCCAGAGCCCCGAGCGGGUCGAUACGUCUCGGCGUUCGCUUGGCCACGCCUGUCGCCCUGGAGAAGAGGCGGAGCCCGCCCGGCGCCUUUCCCGCCUCCAGCGCGGCGCGCGCGGGACGUUGCCGCUGCGCUGCCCCGGGAGGCGAUGCCGCGGGCGGGCGGUGUGGUGCGGGGGGGCGGUGGACCCGCCGCUGCCCGUCAAGGGCCCUGGCGCCUGGGUGGAGGUUGUUAUCGCCCCCGUCUUCAGGGGCCUGAGGAUCAGGCCCCAGACUCGUAAGAGGCAGAAGCCCGUCAGUGAGACAGGGAGUGGAGAAUGUUACAGGUCGCCUUUCCGGAAGCCCUUGGCUCAGCUGACCAACAGGCCUCACUGCCUGGAUAGCAGUCAACAUGAGGCUUUUAUCCGCAGCAUUUUGUCCAAACCAUUCAAAGUCCCCAUUCCAAAUUAUAAAGGGCCGCUGGGUUUGCGCGCACUGGGUAUCAAACGGGGAGGGCUGAGGAGUCCCCUUCAUGACCCUUUUGAGGAAGGAGCACUGGUUCUGUACGAGCCCCCACUGCUGAGUGCCCACGACCAGCUGAAAAUAGACAAGGACAAAGCACCUGUCCAUGUUGUGGUGGAUCCUGUCCUCAGCCGUGUUUUACGGCCCCAUCAGAGAGAAGGAGUGAAAUUCCUCUGGGACUGUGUGACGAGCCGGCGGAUCCCUGGGAGUCAUGGCUGUAUCAUGGCAGACGAAAUGGGGCUGGGCAAAACCCUGCAGUGCAUCACACUCAUGUGGACGCUUCUCCGGCAAAGUCCGGACUGCAAGCCUGAAAUCGAGAAAGCCAUGGUGGUGUCUCCCUCCAGCCUGGUGAGAAACUGGUACAAUGAAGUAGAGAAAUGGCUGGGGGGAAGGAUCCAGCCGCUGGCCAUUGAUGGAGGCUCCAAAGAAGAGAUUGACCGUAAACUAGUUGGCUUUAUGAACCAGCGUGGCCUGCGAGUGCCUUCACCCAUCCUGAUCAUCUCCUAUGAGACCUUCCGACUCCAUGCCGAGGCAUUGCAGAAGGGCAGUGUUGGGCUGGUCAUCUGUGAUGAGGGCCAUAGACUGAAGAACUCUGAAAACCAAACAUACCAGGCUCUCAACAGCUUAAAUACACCUCGACGAGUCCUUAUCUCGGGCACCCCCAUUCAAAAUGACCUGCUUGAAUAUUUCAGCCUGGUGCACUUCGUCAAUUCAGGCAUCCUGGGGACUGCACAGGAAUUCAAAAGACACUUUGAAAUUCCUAUCUUGAAAGGCAGAGAUGCAGAUGCAAGUGAAGCUGAGCGGCACAAAGGAGAAGAGAGGCUUAAAGAGCUGAUCAGCAUUGUGAACAGGUGUUUAAUCCGAAGAACUUCAGACAUCCUAUCCAAAUACCUGCCGGUGAAGAUUGAGCAGGUGGUCUGCUGCAGACUGACACCUCUGCAGGCUGAGCUGUACAAGAACUUCCUGAAGCAAGCCAAGCCAGUGGAGGAGCUGAAGGAGGGUAAAAUCAGUGUGUCAUCUCUCUCUUCCAUCACUUCCCUGAAGAAGCUCUGCAAUCAUCCUACUCUUAUCCAUGAUAAGUGUGUGGAAGAGGAAGAAGGUUUUAUGGGAGCCCUGGACUUGUUCCCUGCUGGCUAUAGCACCAAAUCUGUGGAGCCCCAACUUUCAGGCAAAAUGCUGGUUUUGGACUACAUCCUUGCUGUUACAAAAAGCACUAGUAACGACAAGGUGGUUUUAGUGUCUAACUACACUCAGACACUGGACCUAUUUGAAAAGCUCUGCAGGAAUAGAAGGUAUUUAUAUGUCAGGCUGGAUGGCACCAUGUCCAUUAAAAAGAGAGCAAAGAUUGUGGAGCGAUUCAACAGCCCCUCAAGCCCCGAGUUUAUCUUCAUGUUAAGCAGCAAAGCGGGUGGCUGUGGUUUGAAUUUGAUCGGGGCUAACAGACUGGUUAUGUUUGACCCGGACUGGAAUCCAGCUAAUGAUGAGCAGGCCAUGGCUCGUGUGUGGCGGGAUGGCCAGAAGAAGACAUGCUACAUUUAUCGACUGCUUUCAACGGGGACCAUAGAGGAGAAGAUAUUCCAACGCCAGACCCACAAGAAGGCCCUCAGCAGCUGCGUGGUGGAUGAAGAGCAAGAUGUAGAAAGGCACUUCUCACUCGGGGAGCUGAAGGAGCUCUUCACAUUGAAUGAGACCACCACCAGUGACACCCAUGACAAGAUCAAGUGUCGUCGCUGUGUGAACGGCCACCAGGUACGGGCACCUCCCGAAGGGUCCGACUGUACCUCUGAUCUCUCCCAGUGGAACCACUGUGCUGACAAGCGGGGGCUGCAGGACGCCGUGCUGAAGGCUGCGUGGGAUGCCGCCAUCACCUUCACCUUUCAUCAUCACUCCCAUGAGGAGCAGCGAGGGAUUCCCUAACAGGUUACUGUCCCUUGUGGGGGCAAGGGCAGGCUGCUAUGGCAGCCCACCCUGCUUUAAUCCCUUUCAAGGAAAGGGGCUGUGUUUAGCAGUACAUGCUGGACUGAUUGGUUUCUGAGAGGCUGGAAGCAUUGGUCAGUCUACUGCAACAGCAAGGCAUCCAUAGCUUUUUCUCUGCUCUUGUAUUGUGUGCCUGAGAAACAGCCCUUUGGGAACUGGGAAUAACUGGAUCUUGUGCUCUUGAUCAGAUACAGCACUGGUUUUCAUGCUGUUGGGAGUCUGUGCCUUCUACUCAGCCAAGUUUUGUCUUCAGGUUUAAGUUAAGCCUGCAGUUUUAUAACACUUGAUGUGCAGAGUCAUGGGAUUUUUUUCCUUGACAGCUGUGGCUUACAGCUGCUGAUCAGAAACUUGCAAGGUCCAUUUCUGUUGUGAAAUGUGAACCUCCCUGAUUACUCAGGAACAAGAGUAUUUGUACAAGGGAAAAAAUUUCAGCUUGUAUGUUAAAACAUCUGGCCUGAAAGAUUGUGCAGGCAGCAGGAAAUCAGGCUCUAUUAAGGUAACUCCAUUUCUAAACAACUUGCUUUGUUAUGGGCAGGCUCUCUGGACCUAGCAGUGUUUUAAUUAGGUCACAUUACAAGGCAGUAAUAAAAUUCACACUUCACAUUAUGGAUCUUAAUUAUAUUUUUAUUAUAAAAAUGUUACAAAAACCCAAACUCUUCAAAACCACUGCAGAAUGACUGCAGAUGUUGGAGAGGGGCAACAUGACUGCAAAUAAACAGCAAGCUACUUAGUACAUAAAGAAUUGUAUUAUUUUUUAUGAAGUAAAAUUUUCCAAAUGUAAAAGGUCAAGGCUAGGGCUGCUUUUAGCUUGUCUGCUAUUCCCUUUUAAGUGGAGGGGAGGAGUUCUUCAAUGGCUGAAGUUGAAAGGGACCUCAAGGUCAUACUGUCCAGUGCUGCUGGUCAAAAGCAAGGUCACCUGGAGCUGGUUGCCAAGGACCACAACCAGAUGGCUUUUGACUCUCUCUAAUGAUGGACAUAUUUAUUGAUGAGACAUUAGCUGAAACAAUGUGUAAUUUGUAACACCUGGUGAAAUAAAAACUGCUUGUCUAGAGAUCUGCAGGAAGUCACAGAAGUUCAUUUGAUAUGUCCCACUUACAAUCAUCUCAGUUUGAAUAUUUAUUUUAAGAGUUUGAUCACCUGGGAAUACAGCUGUUGACCCACACGGUCUUGUGUGUCACUUUACUGUGAUACCCCUUCUUCAGAUGAACAGAAAAGUGACAAGAACAACUGUACUCUGCUUGAACCAGGGGAAAAAACUGUACUCUGCAAUAAAUAUUACUGACCAAGGACUGAA